AUGUCGUACAAUCCCCCAACUGGUCCUCCUCAAAACUGGGACAACAAGAACCAGGGUUCUGGCGCUCCUCCCUCUCAACCUCAAUAUGACCAGUCUAGAGGUUAUGCUCCCCAACAACAACCAAACUACCAACAACACCAAGGUUACAACCAGGGCCCACCACAAGGAGGCUACUACCAACAAGGCCCACCACCUGGCCAGAACAGUUACUAUCAACAACCACCACCACAGCAGCAGUAUUACGUUCAGCAACAACCUAAGACCAACAACAACAGUAACUGUUUGAUGGGAUGUUUGGCAGCCAUGUGUUUGUGUUGCGCUUUGGAUGCUAUAUUCUAG